AUGUCCGAACGAGGCCAUUUUCGUGGAGGUGGCAGAGGAACAGGUGGCCAUGGCGGAAAUCGGGGUGGGCGGGGUGGAGGUGGAGGGCGAGGAGGACGUGAUCAACAGUCCAAUCAACCUCAUGAAAAACCCAAAAAGGAAAACAUCCUCGACCUGACCAAGUACAUUGACAAACAAAUCAACGUGAAAUUCAAUGGAGGGAGGGAAAUUGUUGGCACAUUAAAGGGCUAUGACCAAUUGAUGAAUCUGGUGUUAGACGACGUCAAGGAAACAAUGAGAGAUGACGAGGGCAACGAGACGACAAGAUCACUCGGCCUGAUCGUGGCUCGGGGAACACUACUCGUCUUGAUCUCUCCUGUUGACGGCAGCGAGGAGAUUGAAAACCCUUUCCAGCAACCCGCAGAGGACUGA